AUGACUGCAGCGGAUCCAAAGAGAAACUUUGACUUUGAAGCUCAGGAAUGGUGUGCUCGGUACAGCCAGGAGGGUAUUAUUGCACAUCUUCGCUACCCUGGCUGGGACCAAACGCAUGUUGAUGACGAGGAGUUGGUCUCUGUUGGAGGUGAGCCGGGGGGAUCCGCGUCGGAGGUCGUUGAGGGAGUAUUUGACUCGCACUCUAAGACCUCCUGGUGGUUGGCCGCGUUCAGGAACUCCAGUGGCGUUGAUUUCGCCCCCACUUGGGAUAAGGUCAAGGACCUCGCCGAGUUCACACUGUCCGAGGCGGAAAUGUUGGUCAUCACGGAAGAGCCAGGAGAAGCCGAAAUGUGCGUUAGUGACGCGGGAACCUUGCUCACAGGGGAAGCUGUCGAGCCACUGGUCUGCGUUGCUGAUUUGGCUGCUAUGGGUAAGUUAGACACCGUUACAGACAAUUUGUGUCCGGAAGUUAGUGCGCAACUUGCCCACGACCUGAUCGAUGACGUUGAGAAGUUCCAAAGAGAAAGAGCAGACAUUGUCUGCAAGAUCAGGGCUGCCGUGAUGGCUGCACCUGGUUUGGACCCCACCGAGACCCGCAACAAGAUCGUUCAGGGCAGUAAGGAAGGUAAGGACAUGAGACCGCUCGCCGGAGCGUUGCUCGUGCAUUUUCUUUCCGAGGUACCGAUGGAAGCGAUCAAGUCAGUAGCGGUCUAUGGGGUGAUUGGAGGCCCGCCGCGCAAGACUUUGAGUCUCUGCAGGCAUUUUCCUCCGGGGCCUCUUCCGCUUCGCACGCCUGCCCAUUACUUCGGCCUUCUUGCGUUGAGCGGCGUUGAAAAAGCACAGGUUGCGUAUGACGAUGCCUUGUUUCUCCGCAAGUUGUUCUUGCAUGAGUCGGCUCAGCUUCAGCUGACCAUGCCUGCGAAGCCACUGUUCCUGUUGGAGCAGCCUGCAGACCCGGCAGGUUAUACGCCUCGCCCGGUUCUAGAACAGGUGGAUUCACGCGUUGCUCGUGAGCGAAGACUAGCUGCAAGACAGCAAACGGGUGCGUCGGUACCGGCAGAUGACAUAUACGCCACUUUCUUGAGGUCGCCCACGUGGGAAACAUUUGUCAGCAGACGCCGAGCGCCGCUCACCACCUUUGAUCAGGGUCCGUUGGGACAUGUGAAGAGGAAGCCUACCACGAUUGCCGCUGAUGUUCAGGUGUGCCUGAGUCCAUUGCCAAUUCGCGAGGGCAGGGUAAGGGUACCAGCGCAGGGGGAGAUGGUGGGCAUGGUGCGAGUGCGUCAGCAAGCUGGGCAGAGUGGGCACCAGGCCCUGCGUUAA